GGAAGCUGUCCCAGGAGGUUCAGGACCCAGAGCAGACUCGCUCUUAUAACUCUACGUCGUCUGGCUCCCUUCCCUCCUUGAGAUGUUCUUCGUGUCAUCCCUCUCUAUCAUCUUUUGCGGGGACCGUCCAAGCAGCGGACUUUUGUCUGCGUCCUUUCUUUGAACCAAUCCGACGUUCACUUUCACUGGUCUGAGUGGCUCUCUUGCCUCCACCAGUCGACAUUCUUUCACCAUGGUGUCUCAACUUGUCACCGUCCUCGCUGCUGUGUCAGCUGUCACUCCUUUUGUCUCUGCCUUUGACCCUCAGUCAAAGUCGAAUGUUGCUGUUUACUACGGCCAAGGUUACGGUCAGAAACGUUUGAGUCAUUUCUGCCAAGAGUCGUCUUUAGACAUUAUCAACCUUGGAUUUAUCAAUGUGUUUCCGGAUCAGGGCAUCGCUGGUUGGCCAGGAAGUAAUUUCGGCAAUCAGUGCGAUGGCACCACCUACCAGGUUGACAACCUCUCAACAGAGUUGCUUAAGGGCUGCCACCAGCUGGUCGAAGACAUUCCCAUCUGCCAGGCUGCGGGUAAAAAAGUGUUCCUGUCUUUGGGUGGCGCCUCGCCCGACACCCAGCAGAUCCUGUCCGAGGACUCUGCAAGCGGGUUUGCCGACUUUCUUUGGGGUGCUUUUGGUCCCAAGACCGACGAUUGGGUAUCGAAAAAUGGCCCUCGGCCCUUUGGUGAUGUCGUCGUGGAUGGUUUCGACUUUGACAUUGAACACAAUGGCGAUUACGGCUACGCAACAAUGAUCAACCGCCUGAGAUACCACUAUUCAUCACAGCAGGGUCGUACUUUCUAUAUCUCGGGUGCGCCUCAAUGUUCGAUUCCUGACCAACACCUUGACUCUGCUAUCGCCAAUGCCGCCUUCGACUUCCUUUGGGUGCAAUUCUACAAUACCGAGGGUUGUUCCGCCCGUGACUAUAUCGAAGGCACGGUAGAUGGUUUCAACUUUGACAAAUGGGUGGAUGUUAUCAAGGCCGGAGGAAACCCGGACGCAAAGCUCUACGUUGGAUUGCCUGCCGGCCCGGGUGCUGCCAAUCCUGGAUACUACUUGUCUCCCAACGAGGCUUACUCGCUGGCAGCCGAGUAUAUGGCGCGCUUUCCUGACACUUUCGGUGGUAUCAUGCUUUGGGAGGCGACGGCUUCCGAUGAGAACAAGAUUGGCGACGAAUCCUUCGCGGAUGUGAUGAAGCAGAUCCUCGUGACACUUGACCCUACUCCUCCUCAGACAAGCACAGCUUUGCCUUCCAGCAGCACGCCCGCGCCAGCAACCUCAUACACUUCCACGAGUACACCCGUGGUGUCCACUUCCUCGGCCGUGUCUAUCCCUCCCGUGGUGUCUAUCUCAUCUGCUGUGUCUAGCCCUCCUGCGGUGUCUAGCUCUUCUGCGGUGUCUAGCGCUUCUGCCGUGUCGAGCUCGGGAACUACUGGCUUGUCAAGCAUAUCUGCCGUGGUUUCGAGCUCAUCUGUGGUAUCCAGCAACUCUGUACUAGCCAGCACUCCUGUUCUGACGAGCAGCUCUGUUGUUGCUAGCACAGCUUUGAGCACGCCUGUGGUCGUAGGCAGUUCUGCGGUCUCUAGCUUUUCAGCUGCCUCUAGUUUGCCUGUGGUAUCAGGUUCCACCGUCGUUUCCAGCUCGUUUGUAGUGUCCAGCGCUUCCGUGGUCUCCAGUUCUCCCGUGGUUUCCGGUUCAUCUAUUAUUUCGAUCACGCCCAUCAUUACAACCAACCGUGUUGUCUCUAGCUCGGCUUCGGCUUCGAGCUCUCUUGUGGUGACAAGCCGCCCUGUCAUCCCCAGCUCGUCUGACGUGUCUGGCUCUGCCUCCAGCUCGCCUGUGGUUUCUGGCUCUAGCGUGUCUUCCAGCUCGCCUGUGGUCUCUAGCCCCGUCGUUGCCACUUCCUCUGUGACCGCCAGCCCUCAUGGGACUUCCAUAUCCCCUGUGGUUAGUGUCUCUACGCAGUCCGGGUCUUCUGGUGUCUCUAUCUCCUCUGUGGUCACUAGCAGACCCGUCAUUCCAAAGCCAUCCUCUUCCAUUCUUGCUGUUCCAGGCGAUUCUAGAACACCGAGCUCUUCCGUCAUCCCUGGUACAUCCGGCCAGGCCCCGUCCAGUGUGUCUCAACUGUCCAGUCCAUCGAUCGUCUCGAGCUCUGUGGGUCCUUCGGGUCCAUCUAUCACUUCAGUGGGAUCUGCGCCCUCGAGCUCGGCUGGGGCCUCAAAUAAUGUGGCUUUCUCUUCUGGCGCAGAGACUUCUUCUGGCCAAUCUCUUUCCUCGAGUUCCGUCGUCAGCACCCUCACAUCGACAGUUGCGGGCGUAUCUUCUGAAACCGCCUCCUCUACGAGCCCUUCAGUCGGAUCUAGCACGGCUGUCUCGACAGUAUCAGCAGCACAGUCUGGAGGUUCCGCUCAGUCGGCCUCAGGGACGAUUACCGUCUCCGCUUCUAACACUCACGUAGCGUCUACCGCUUCGCGCACUGACGCUACAUCAAAAGCAGAGCUCUCCUCCGGUUCAAGUCCCAUCAGUACUUCUGUUUCUGGUAGCGGUGCGGCCCCGUCUGCAAACCCAGAGACCUCCCAUGAACCUGGUGUCACGGGAUCAACGACGGCCUUGACAAUCCUGAGUCCGACUGACCAGAGAAGCACGACCUCCUUGUCAGCCACAACCCAUACUAUUGGCGAUGUAUCAGGCCAGACGGGCAAGCCGACAGCAGUAACCAGCGAUGCUACUUCGACUGGCAGCGGUGCGUCCGCUAUCAUCACCCCGGGGAUCACGUCUGGCCUUGGGGGGAUCUCGGUAUCCCCAACCGCGUCUGUUUCGGAACCUGUGACCACGACCACGAUCAUCGUGACCUCGUACAUUGAUAUUUGUCCCGAGGGCUUCACGACCAUCACUACCACGUACACGACCACAUACUGUCCGGCAACGGCUGCUGCCAUCACCACUGCUCCCGCUACAGUCACUGGUGCUCCAGGUAACCCGGCUUCUGCCACGACUGUCGAUAUUCCCGAGGGUUGGACUACGACGGUAACGGUUUGCACACACUGUGCUGCGACGCCGACUACGGUUACUUUGACUCGACCGGCCACCAGCCUUCCGGCAGGGCCCGCGUCACCGACCACUGUCCCCGCUCCCCUGUCGGAGUGGACAACCACGGUCUCUGUCUGCACGGAGUGCGGACCGACACCGACCACGGUGACCGUCACGGUUCCUGUCAGCACUAUCGUCGCGGUGACAGGCACUCAAUUUGGCAAUCCGUACGGCGUCGAUGCUGUCCGUGAGGGAUCAACGGGACUUGGUGUAUCGCCAACCUCAGUCGAGGUGAUCCCUCACCCCACAUUCAUUGCUCUUGUAUCUGCGUCUUCUGGUCCAGCAUCCGCCAGCCAUUCUGCCAGCCAUUCCGGGCCCGCGGGAGCUGACAGUGCUCGUCCUUUUUCGGGAACCGGGGGAGCUAAUGGUGCCCGUCCUUCCUCGACGCUCCUGGUACAGCCGUCUGGUAGCGGCUUCCCAGGGUCCGUGGCACCUAGCCACACCCAGGGAGGCGUAUCGCCAGUUUUCACUGGCGCAGCUCCUCGAAUGACUGCCUUCAAACAUGGGGCCGGGACUCUCGUCACCGUUGCCCUACUUCUGCUCACUAUCUUGUAAAGCAUUCUUCUCUUCAGCUUUGUCCUUCUUUCUUUUCUCACGUCCUGUGUGACCACAUGCCUUCCGGCGACGUAUACAGCUUUACUUUACCUAUUACUGAUUUGGGAUGAAUGACCAACGAUAUCCGAUGUAUCGAUUUUAACUACUGUCUAAUCAGCACGAAAACCUUCUAGCAUGUGCUCUGUCAUUAUUAGUCUGCUUGGACAAUAAAUUUCAAUGAUCAUG